AUGCUUUGCUGGUCUGCAUCCUUCUAUCCCCAGCCGAUCAGCAACUUCCAGCGGCGCUCCACCGUUGGGCUUGCAAUCGACUUUCCCACGAUUAAUGUCCUGGGAUUCGUGUGCUACACAGCUUAUACUUCGGCCUUUCUCUAUUCCCCCGUAAUUCGUGGCCAGUAUGCGGCUCGUCAUCCGCUCUCGCAAGAGCCUACGGUCCGCUUUAAUGACUUUGCCUUCGCGGUGCAUGCCGUCGUGCUUAGCGCUCUUACCUAUACCCAGUUCUGGCCGAUAAUAUGGGGGUUCAGGGUCUCGCGCUUUCAGAAGGUCAGCAAGCCGGUUGCGGGCCUCUUUUGGGGGUCGAUAGUCGCCGUCGGAAUAGUAAUAGCGAUUGUUCUUGCCAAGGGUCCCGACCAGGGUUACAACCCAUCAUCUUGGGCUUGGAUUGACGUAAUAUACACUCUCUCCUAUGUGAAACUGAUCAUCACCAUUGUGAAGUAUGUGCCUCAAGCGUGGGUUAACUAUAAGCGCAAAUCCACCGAUGGCUGGAGUAUUGUACAGAUCCUUUUGGAUCUUUUCGGCGGCGUGCUGUCCCUGGUUCAGUUGGUCCUUGAUUCAAGCUUCCAAAACGACUGGAGCGGUAUUACGGGAAACCCCGUUAAAUUCCUGCUGUCGAAUGUCACUAUCCUCUUUGACCUGGUCUUCGUGGUUCAGCAUUACAUUUUGUACGCAGAUCCAGAUGAAGGAAAGGACAGACGGCGGAAUCCUAAUCUUGUCAGCCCUCUGUUGUCAGAGCCUAAUCGCCUGUGA